AUGUUCGUUGCAACCCUAAAUGCAGAAACCCUAGAUUCACUUGCAGAGUCCUAUUCCAGUCUGGCAAGACAUUUGGGAAUAACAGAAUACACUCUCACCAACCUCGAGACUUCUACAAAGGGGAACCCAAGAGAAAAAAUCCGGUAUCUGAAGCGAGUCAUUUAUCCAAAGACAAAGCAGUUCUCCAAUUGGCUGAUAAUUGCAGAUACUGUUGUUGACCUAUCAUUGGUUUGUAGGGAUCUGCCUCCGACCGGUAGUGAAGAAUGGGGCCAUGGUCAGGUGCUAAUAACUACUCAAGAUAGCGGCUCAAUACCCUCCAAUGCUCCACUUACUUACCAUGAGUCUCUUAGCAAUGGAAUGCAUCCCGAUGACGCAGUGAACCUAUUACGACAAGUAUCUCAGAUUCAGGAUCAGAACCAAGAUGAAAAAGUCGCUGAAGUUCUCGAGUAUCAGCCACUUGCUUUAGCAGCCGCUGCCUUUUAUGUACAAACCAUUGUGGUCAGUGGUUCUCCGAACUACCACUGGAAAGACUACUUGGAAGCACUUUCCCACGGCGAACGUGAAGCGACAGAAAAACUUCUUGCAAACCAGAACAUAGCGUACUCCGAAACAACAACGAGAGCUUUAGAAAGUGAUGACGUUCUUCGAGAAGUAUUGUAUUUGUUUUCUCUAUGCGCACCUAAUUCUCUUCCGAUGGAAGUUGCUGUUGACUUUGUUAAAUUACGUCUCACUGGGGAAACAGAAGAAUUGAUCAAAACUAAACUUUUCAAAGCCUCCUUUUUGUCCUGUUCACACGACAAAGACAGCUCAUAUACCUCUAUAAGGAUGCACAACAUCGUUCAUGAAGUGCUCAAGGCAGUUAUAACAUCUAAAAUUGACCCAACAGAUAGAGUUGAGUGCAUUUCUGAUGUUAUCAAGAUCUUUCACUCUUUCAUGGAGGAGAACAUAAAUCGGUUACAUUCAAGUAGACAUGUGUUUGCUAAGUUACGUGUAAUUACGAGUCACUGUAAAGUAUUACACGUAAUUGUUAACACCGAUUUCACUAAAUCAAAAGUAUUCCUAACUUCAAUCAGCCCUAGAAAGUUCGUGGCUUUCUCUAGCCGCUAAUGUUUUCUGUAGCCCGUCGGAUGCAUGUCUUUUUGGUACGUCAAUCUGUAAUUUUAUACAUUUUCUUAAUGAUUUCAAGGAAGACAAAUUGUUAAGAGCGAACAUUUACAGCACACAAGGAAAUGUUUACAGAGACCUUGGCCAGUACAACGAAGCUAAAGAAUACUAUGAGAAGGGUCUCAUCAUUAGAAAAGAGAUUUACGGUGAAAAGCAUGGUGACGUAGCAGCAGGUUACAACAACCUGGGAAUAGUUUACAGAAACCUUGGCCAGUACAGUAAAGCUAAAGAAUACUAUGAGAAGGCUUUUACCAUUACAAAAGAGAUUUACGGUGAAAAGCAUGGUAACGUAGCAACAAGUUACAACAAUCUGGGAAUUGUUUACAGAAACCUUGGCCAGUACAGUGAAGCUAAAGAAUACUGUGAGAAUACUCUCAUCAUUAGAAAGGAGAUUUACGGUAAAAAGCAUGGUGACAUAGCAGCAAGUUACAACAACCUGGCAAUUGUUUACAGUGACCUUGGUCAGUACAGUGAAGCUAAAGAAUACUAUAUCUAUGAGAAGGGUCUCAUCACCAGAAAAGAGAUUUACGGUGAAAAUCAUGGUAACGUAGCAGCAAGUUACAACAACCUGGGAGCCGUUUACAGUGCCGUUGGCCAGUACAGUGAAGCUAAAGAAUACUAUGAGAAGGCCCUCAUCAUUAGAAAAGAGAUUUACGGUAAAAAGCAUGGUGACAUAGCAGUAAGUUACAACAACCUGGCAAUUGUUUACAGUGACCUUGGUCAGUACAGUGAAGCUAAAGAAUACUAUAUCUAUGAGAAGGGUCUCAUCACCAGAAAAGAGAUUUACGGUGAAAAUCAUGGUAACGUAGCAGCAAGUUACAACAACCUGGGAGCCGUUUACAGUGCCGUUGGCCAGUACAGUGAAGCUAAAGAAUACUAUGAGAAGGCCCUCAUCAUUAGAAAAGAGAUUUACGGUGAAAAUCAUGGUGACGUAGCAGCAAGUUACAACAACCUGGGAGCUUUUUACAGUGACCUUGGCCAGUGCAGUGAAGCUAAAGAAUACUAUGAGAAGGCCCUCAUCAUUAGAAAAGAGAUUUACGGUGAAAAUCAUGGUGACGUAGCAGCAAGUUACAACAACCUGGCAAUUGUUUACAGUGACCUUGGCCAGUACAGUGAAGCUAAAGAAUACUAUGAGAAGGCUCUCAUCAUUAAAAAAAAGAUUUACGGUGAAAAGCAUGGUGACGUAGCAGCAAGUUACAACAACCUGGGAAUUGUUUACAGUGACCUUGGCCAGUACAGUGAAGCUAAAGAAUACUAUGAGAAGGCUCUCAUCAUUAAAAAAAAGAUUUACGGUGAAAAGCAUGGUAACGUAGCAGCAAGUUACAACAACCUGGGAAUUGUUUACAGAAACCUUGGCCAGUACAGUAAAGCUAAAGAAUACUAUGAGAAGGCUCUCAUCAUAAGAAAGGAGAUUUACGGUGAAAAGCAUGGUAACAUAGCAGCAAGUUACAACAAUCUGGGAAUUGUUUACAGAAACCUUGGCCAGUACAGUGAAGCUAAAGAAUACUAUAAGAAGGCUGUUAUCAUUACAAAAGAGAUUUACGGUGAAAAGCAUGGUAUCUUAGCAGCAAGUUACAACAACCUGGGAAUUGUUUACACAAACCUUGGCCAGUACAGUGAAGCUAAAGAAUACUAUGAGAAGGCUCUCAUCAUUAAAAAGGAGAUUUACGGUGAAAAGCAUGGUGACGUAGCAGCAAGUUACAACAACCUGGGAAUUGUUUACAGAAACCUUGGCCAGUACAGUGAAGCUAAAGAAUACUUUGAGAGGGCUCUCAUUAUUAGAAAAGAAAUUUACGGUGAUCAACAUGCUUUGACUGAGUGA